AUGUCAACUGUGAUUGUAUUUGGCCCGACCGGCCGCGUCGGUUCUGUCACGGCAUGUACUGCCCACGAGCACGGGGCCAAGGUCUUCCUAGCCAUGCGCGACACGCAGAAGCCCAUCCCAGGCUUGAGUGCUGAGGAAGAACAGGCUGGAGGCUUUGAAAGAGUCCAAGCCGACCUGACCGACCCCGACUCCGUCGCCGCCGCAGUUCAAAAAUCAGGUGCGCGACGUGCAUUCAUCUAUCUCGCAUUCGGGACGCCUGACCACAUGCGGUCCACACUGCGAGCCCUCAAGUCCUCAGGUAUUCAAUUUGUCGUCUUCCUGAGUAGCUACACGAUCUCAGGCGAACUGGCCGACAUUCCGCCCAGCGAACUCAUUGCCUACGUCCACGCCCAAGUCGAGAUCAGUCUCGACGAAGUCUUCGGGCAGGAGAACUACGUGGCCAUGCGACCGGGAGGGUUCGCCACGAACACGCUUAAAUUCAAGGCCGCUAUCAAUGCCGGCGAAGUGAAGCUCUUCGCGCCGGACUUCAAGUUCGACCUCAUCACGCCCAUCGACAUGGGUCGCGUUAGCGGCACGAUUCUUGUGCAGGGUCCGCGCAAUAACCAGCGCAAGGUGUAUCUGUAUGGGCCCAAGAUUUUGACACAACAAGAGUCCAUUGGAGUCAUUGCAAAGGUCUUGGGCAAAGAAGUUAAGUUCUCGAAGAUCACUGCGCAGGAGGAGCUGGAUGGGCAUAUCCAAGCGGGCACGCCUCGGCCGGUAGCGGAGUAUAUAGUGCGGGUAACGGGGGAUCCGGAGCCUGCUGCGGGGCGUCGUGCAAAUUAUGAAGAGGGCGUUGAGAAUGUAAAGCUGUACACGGGCAAACCUUCGACUGGGUUUGAGGAGUGGGUGGAAGCCAACAAAGAGCUUUACAGCGUCUGA